GGUAGCUUUCCCUGUGCCUCGCUGCGGGGUGAAGGGAGCUACGCCACCGCUCGCUACCCGGGCUGCCUGGGUUCCCGCUGCCAUGGCCGUGCGGCCCGUCACUCUCGGCCUCGACCUGGGCACCACGUCUGUGAAGGCAGCCCUUUUGGAGGCUGCACCCGGCCAUCCAUCUGGGUUCCUGGUACUGGCGAGCUACUCCCGGGCAGCGCGGGCGGAGGUCGAGUGCGUGGCUGCCGGGUCCCAGGGUCGGGAGCAGAAUGUGAGUAGAAUCAUCCAGGCCCUAAACGAAUGCCUUGCUGCCCUUCCCCAGCAUCAGCUCCAGAGAGUUGGGGCCAUUGGAGUGUCUGGACAGAUGCAUGGUAUAGUGUUUUGGAAAACAGGCCAAGGCUGUGAAUGGAUAGAAGGAGGGCCUGUUCCUGUGUUUGAGCCCAGAGCUGUGAGCCACCUGGUCACAUGGCAGGAUGGCCGAUGUAGCAGUGAGUUCCUGGCUUCUCUGCCCCAGCCAGGGUCCCAUCUCAGCGUGGCCACAGGAUUUGGCUGUGCAACCAUCUUCUGGCUUUUGAAAAAUAGCCCAGAAUUCCUGAAGUCCUAUGAUGUAGCUGGCACCAUCCAGGACUAUGUGGUUACUAUGCUGUGUGGCUUGCCAAGACCUGUGAUGUCUGACCAAAAUGCUGCCAGCUGGGGGUAUUUCAACACCCAGAGCCAAAGCUGGAACUUGGAGGUACUGAGAGCCUCAGGCUUUCCCACCCACCUGCUCCCCGACAUUGCUGAGCCAGGGAGUACAGCUGGCAGAACUUCCCAUAUGUGGUUUGAAAUCCCCAAAGGGACACAGGUGGGUGUGGCCAUGGGUGAUUUACAGGCCUCCGUCUAUUCCUGCAUGGGUCAAAAGACAGAUGCAGUUCUCAACAUCAGCACCUCGAUUCAGCUGGCAGCCUCCAUGCCUUUGGGAUUCCAGCCAGCGCAGGCUCCGGACCCUACAGCCCCAGUUGCAUACUUUCCGUACUUUGAGAACACUUACCUGGGAGUGGCAGCAUCACUCAAUGGGGGCAAUGUGCUGGCCACAUUUGUUCAUAUGCUUGUGCAAUGGAUUACUGACCUAGGUUUGGAGGUAGAAGAAUCUUCUGUGUAUUCGCAUAUGAUCCAGGCAGCUGCACAGCAGAAAGAUACCUGCCUAACUAUAACCCCAACAGUGUUGGGAGAGCGGCACCUGCCGGACCAGUUGGCCUCUGUGACUAGAAUCUCCUCCUCUGACCUCUCUUUGGGACAUGUGACCCGGGCCCUGUGCAGAGGCAUUGUUCAGAACCUUCACUCCAUGCUCCCCUUCCAGCAGCUCAAGGAGUGGGGUGUGAAGCGAGUACUGGGGAGUGGCAGUGCACUGUCCCGAAACGAGGUGCUGAAGCAGGAGGUGCAGCGCGCCAUCCCGCUUCCCGUGUCCUUUGGGCAGGAUGUGGAUGCUGCAGUGGGGGCAGCUCUGGUAGUGCUCCGGAGAAACCUUGGCCAGAAGUAGUCUUAGUCCCUACACUUGGGCUUAAGGAAGGCUAUGUUUUUCCUAGUUAACAUUCCUGACAUGAGCCGUGAGCCAGCCUUUCACUAGGCAGCUUUUAAAAUGUACUUGAUUUCAGAGAACUGACGUUUGGAGAAGCGGGGCUGGGGGAGGGUGGGGGGAAGCGGGCAAUCUGGCUUGUGCAUUGUAUAAUGCCCUUAGAAUUAUUUUGGAACAUGACAAGACAGGCACAUAUACUACCCCUGGCUUAAAUUGUUAAUUUUGUAUGGUGAUCUUAUAAAUAUCCAAAUAGCCCUUGGUAGACAAAAGAUUCUUUGCCCUGUUAGUGCACACUCUAAUCAUGAAGUUGGGAGCCAUCAACCAGUUCACAAACUAGUGCCUUCCAAAGAGCCAUCUGAAGCUGGUUACAAAUAUAAAUAAGUGUGUGGGAGGGGGAAAAGGAGAGCACAUCUUUCCUGGUUAGCAGCCUUAUCUGUGAUUCACCUGGAUAUAGAAAAUAAAUCUGAGUCUGGUGGCUCCAAUUAAGCAAA